AUGAGGUGGACGACAUUAGGUACCGUCGCCGCUGCGCUCAGCUGCGCCGAUGCGCUGAGCUUCCCGCGAUCAAAGACCGGCAAGGGUUACCUCUCGGUGCACGUCGGCACCGUUGAGAAGCCCAAGAAGGAAAAGACGAGACGAGAUGGCGAUGCCUUCAUAGCCGUGUUGGACAAUAUGGGAUAUUUCUACGCGACCGAUCUUGAGAUCGGCACGCCACCGCAAAAGAUUACCGUCCUCCUCGACACGGGCUCCAACGAGCUCUGGGUUAACCCCGACUGCGACGAGGCCAGCAGCAUAAGGGAGUACAACAUGUGUCAUGAGAUGGGACAGUAUGAGCCCGACGACUCGACGACACCGCCCAUCGGUCCCUUUGGAAGGGAAACACUCAGAUACGGCGACGCUUCGGAUCCCUCGACUCACACGUCGGCCACGAUUCGAUACUACGCCGACACAUUCACCUUUGGCGACGCCAAACUCGAGAACCAGACAUUUGGUGUGUUGAUUGAGAGUGAUGGUAUUGCUCAGGGUAUUCUGGGUCUUGCACCGGAUACACGGGGUGGAUUCGACAACGACGACCCUUACCGACUGCUGCUCACUUCCAUGGCUGUCGAGGGCCUCAUCAACAGCCGUGUCUACUCCCUGGACCUGCGCCAUUCCGAGGCUGACGAGGGUGCCGUCAUCUACGGCGGCAUCGACCGCAACAAGUACAUCGGCAACCUGGAGAAGCGACCAAUUGUCCGCGGCGAGGGCGGCGAAUACCGUCUCGCUGUGGAGUUGAGUAGCAUUGGCAUGACCACCGAGGGUGAGGAGCACGAGUUCGACCUUGAUGAUGCGGACAAGAACGUCAUCCUUGACUCAGGAAGCACACUGUCCCGUCUGCACUUUGAGGCUGCGAAGCCAAUUCUUGAGAUGCUUGAUGUGCAGGACAACGGUGAGGGCUUCUACAUUACCGACUGCGACAACCGGGACCGCGACGCCACAGCCGACUUCGGCUUUGGCAACAAGAUUGUCCGUGUUCCCCUGAGCGAUCUCAUCAUCGAGAUGGGUUACGCACAGUGCUACGUCGGCAUCGUUGUCACUACCAACCAGCAGAUUCUUGGCGACUCUGUCCUCCGGGCUGGAUACUUUGUCUUUGACUGGGACAACAAGGAGGUGCACAUUGCGCAGGCCGCCAACUGUGGCGAUGAGGAUAUCGUGGUUGUUGGAUCUGGCAAGGAUGCUGUCCCCAAUGAGAAGGGCAAGUGCAAAGAGGGUGAUGCCUUUACCACUGGACAUGCAACCGUCACCAGAUCUCCCACAAGGACCGGCCUCGCUACAUCAGCCUACACCACCACCUACACCGUCACAUCAUGCCCCGAGUUCGAGCGCGAUUGCAGAACCGGCGUCGUAACAACACAGACAAUCGGACCCCAGCGAACCGUCACCGUCACGGCGGGAGCCAACUCAGACAACGACGGCGACGACGACUCAGCCGCCUGGCAACCUAUGCCCCUGGGCUGGGUAUUCGCAGUGCUUGGUGGUUUCGCCCUUGGCGCCAACCUGCUAUAG